AUGGCGACUCCCAAUCCCACACCCGCCAGCAAUGUCGAAGGCCUCUUUUCAGUCAAAGGCAUCGUAGCCCUCAUCACAGGCGGCGGUUCAGGCAUCGGCCUCAUGAUGGCCCGCGCCCUCGCCUCCGCCGGCGCCACCCGCGUCUACAUCGUCGGCCGCCGCCUCGACGUCCUCCAGGCCGCAGCAGCCUCCAUCAACCCGUCGGUCGUCGUGCCCCUCUACUGCGACGUCACCUCCAAGGUCUCGCUCGAAGCCGCGGUGUCUGUCGUCGAGAAGGAUGUCGGCCGGCUGAAUCUGCUGGUGUGUAAUGCUGGUAUCGGCGGGCCGCAGGUCAAGGUUAAGCCGAAGGCUGGUGAGGGUGAAGAAAACUUGGAGGAAUGGCGGGAUGCGCAGUUGGCGGUGCGGGUUGAGGAUUUCACGCAGACGUUUGCGGUGAACUCGACGAGUGUGUGGUACACGGCUAUGGCCUUUCUGAAGCUGCUUGAUGCGGGGAACAAGGCUGGCGCUGAUGAGGGUGCCGGGUGGGGGCCCAAGGUGAAUGGGGUGCCGAGCCAGGUGGUGGUGACGAGCAGUAUUGGCGCGUUUAAUAAGGCUGCGCCCGGUGGGUGGGCGUAUGGGCCGAGUAAGGCGGCGGCUACGCAUAUUGCGAAGAUGUUGAGUAAUGUGUUGCCGACUUGGAAUAUUCGGGCUAACUGUCUCUGUCCCGGAUUGUUCCCAAGCGAAAUGGCUGCCCCCAUCGUCAAGGCAGCUGGCGGGUCCAUGGAAGCCGGCGCGACCAUCCCUCUUGACAAGAGUGUCGUGCCCCUUGGUCGGAUGGGCGACGAGUCCGACAUGGCUGGCCAGAUGCUGUAUCUUGCCUCGCGAGCUGGGGCUUACCUCAAUGGUAAUGUGAUUGUGGCGGAUGGUGGGCGUUUGGGAACGUUUCCCAGUACGGGAUAUUAA